AUGUGGAAGCUUGCAAGUAGACUAGAUUGUGUGCAUUUAGGGCGGGGUUUUUUCCUAGUAAGGUUGUUGUUGAAGGAAGAUGUUGAUAAUGUAUUGAAGAAAGGGCCAUGGUUUGUCGGAGGUCACUUCUUGUCCAUUAGGCCGUGGGAGCCAAAUUUCAGAGCGUCGUCGACGAAUGUAUCUUCGGUUGCUUUGUGGAUAAGGCUGAAUGAACUUCCUAUUGAAUACUACAAUGUUAAAGCCCUUCACCUUAUUGGAGGAGCGAUAGGAAACGUUCUGCGAGUAGAUACCUUCACUGCGUCUAAAACGAGAGGACUUUUUGCUAGAUUAUGUGUCCAAGUAGAUGUGGGAAAGCCUUUGGCAACCACGGUCAUGAUUGUUACGGUUGGUAAAGCCGGACUACCAGAAACGACGACCUGCGAUGAGAAAAGAGAUAGUUCACACGAUAUGAAUGUUGCUAAUAGUCCAAGGUUGGAUGGGGAACCCACGAAGGACAUGCAGGACGUGCAUGCAGCAUGCCAGGAUGUUGUUGGGCAGGUUCAAGAGGCUGCACAUGAGGAUUUGUACGAUCCGUGGGUGUUAGUGGAGCGCAAAAAGAAUGGGACAAGAUUGCAAAGGAGUGGUGGGUCCCUAGGUGAUUAG